GAUCUGUUCAUCCAAUAUGCAUCAGUUAAUCAUUCUUGAUUCAUAUAUUAAACAAUGGCAUUCAAACUAGUUAUUUUCGCUUCCUUCUUAGCCUACACCAAUGCAGGCCUACUGGGCGCACCAGCCGUAGCAACUUAUUCUGCUGCACCUGCAGUUAGUUCUGCGUACAUCCACUCAGCUCCCUUGGAAAUUGCUAAACCUGUGCUAUCAGCAUAUGCGGCCGCACCAGUAGCUAUCCAUGCUCCAGCACCAGUAGCAAUUCAUGCCCCAGCAUAUGGAUCCAGUCAUCAAAGCGUAGAACGAUCUCUUGGAGGAGCCCAAUCGAUCUCACACUACUCCAAAGCCAUCGACAGUGCUUUCUCCAGUGUACGAAAAUAUGAUACCAGAAUCACCAAUGAUGCUUUGAGUUUAGGUGUUGCAGCCCAUGCUCCCGUAGCUACAUAUGCCGCUGCACCCGUCGCCAAAGCCUUGGCUCCAACUAUUGCUUACUCAGCUGCUCCCUCUGUAAGCACAUCAUAUAUUCAACAUGCCCAACCCAUCAUUGCUAAAGCUGUUGCACCUGUAGCAGUAGCCGCUCCACAGCACCUUACUUAUACCGCUCCAGCUCCCGUAGCCUAUGCUGCCCAUAGUCCAAUUGUUGCUAAAGCUGUUCACGGUCCAGUAUUUCAGUCUUAUUCUGCACCUUUUUUGACAAAAACAAUUGCCCCAGUUGCUACUCCCCUUACAGUCUCAGCUGGACCUGUUGUAGCUAAAGCCGCAAUUGGUUACUCCCCCGCAAGUGUUGUAGCCCACACUACAUUUACCGGUCUAGGAACUGCUUACGAAUGGUAGACUGAUUUUUUACAAAAGCUAUGUUUUUGUAUGUAAAAAGGUUAUUUAUUGAACUUUAAAUAAAAGGUAUUGUUUCUGAA